CGUGAUCGGUCAAUUUUGAGAGCUAUGCACGUCCAACAAGGACAAACAAGGAACUGAUCGCUACAGUCUUUGCUACAGUCUGCAUCGAUCAGACAGCGGAAGGUAGAAAUGGGCUCACAUACUCCAUGUGUCGUGUCUACCGAGUGGCUGAGCGAAAAGCUCACGAAAAGGGAAGGAAGUUUAGCUGUUUUGGACGCGACAUGGUUCAGUAACAAAGAUUAUAUCAUGGAUUUCUCUGAGUAAGGCGUCUGUUGUUAAAUGUUGCAGCAAUAUUGGCAAUUCAUCUUUCACUUGUGAAAGACACGCUAAUACAGUAACUAACCACAGGUUAUUCUUAUUGCCUUAUUGACAUAACCUUGUGGUAAAAUGAGGUACAGUUCCCUAUGCGCUACAUUGCUCCGGAAUUAAAAGACAGCGGAAUUUUUUCCCCGGACCGUAAAUUAACUUCGGUUUUUUGGGUUCAAAGGUCAGGGACAAGAAAAACAAUGUAGUUUCCCUGUCCUAAGGCUGUUGGGGAGAUGAGGUAGGAUGAAGGGGGGGGGGGGGGGGGGGGGGGGGGGGGGGGGGGGGGGGGCGGCGGGAGGAAUGGGGUGGUAUUUUUGUGUUUGGUCCACCUUUUUUCAGAGGAGGUUUUUUUUUAAAAAAAAAGAAAGAGAAGAGGAGUAUCAGUUUUUUUUGUUAAAAAUUUCGAUUUAUAUUACAAUGUGUAGGGAAGAGAUGUCACCUGCGUCUUGAUCCCAUCGUUCGUAGAAAAAAGAAAAACGUUUUUUUUUUCUCCCCGCCUCAUCUUUUUUUUUUUUUUUUUGAGAGGAAAGAAAGAAAAAAAAAAAAAAAAUUGGGGUUGCCGCUGGGGGGGGGGGGGGGGGGGGGGGGGGGGGGGGGGGGGGGGGGGGGGGGGGGGGGCGGUGGUGUAAGGGGUGUGAUGGCCACAGCUAGAAUUGACUGAUGUAUUAUCAUCAUGUCCAGCCUUUUUACAGGGAAGCUUUGUAUUUAAAAAGCAACAAAGUGAAGUCAGUCAGUUAAUUUGAUUGGACAAUAAAAUUGUUAAUGCAAGAUUCUUUUCUAGGUUAGGCCAUCCCGCUUUUUUUUCUGCUUAGUGUCGAAUAAGUUUCCUGAAAUUGGGUUGGUCGGUUAUAAAUGAAAAAAAAAAUCACAAAAUCGGAAGAGGAGACCUAGUACCCCAGCAUCAUUGCUGUGGAGCCUGGAAACAAAAAGACAUAUUUAGACUAACAACAAGGAUUUUGUUCAAAGUUAACAUUUACAUAUAUUUGAAUUAAAAAAAUGCACAACAUGCUGUAAAAAAGGUUCCUGUUCUGCCAAAAAUUUGGGUUGGUCGGACGACGCUAAACAAAAAAAAAAAAAGAGAUGGCCAUAGUCCCACCGUCCUGAUCCAUUUCACCAGUCUAUAGUUAACAGGCAAAAUGUGAAAAAUGUUUAACCCUUUAAGUCCCAAUAUCCACAUACAAAUUCUCCAAACUGGUCUCCGUACAUUUCCUUGAAGAAUUAUUUGUGACAAUUUGGUAAAAGAUCAAAUAUUUUUCUCUUUGUGAUCAUUUUGUUAAUUCUCGUAGACUUUGCUCAUGAUAGUCUAUGGAUAUCGUUAGGAGAAAAUUGAUUUUGAGCACUAUUGGGACUUAAAGGGUUAAUUGAUAUUUCCUCCUUUACAGGCGACAUGUUAUUAGUGCCUCCUACAUGGACAUAUUUUUUGGAGUAGAGAAUACACCCACUUAUCCCCGCAACAUUCCAAAUGUGGAAAUGUUUGAAAUGAAUGUCAGAGGAAGUGCAGUGAACAGCAGAGACCACGUUGUCAUUUAUGAAAACACUGGAAGAUAUGGUUUUUUUCUUGGAGCACGAACUUGGUGGAUGUUUAAGGUGAUUAUGCGGAGAUAUAGUUAGGGGUGGCAAAUGGUAAAAUCCGAGACACGCCGAGACGCCGAGAUCCUAGUUAGAAAUCCGAGCCUGAGACUCUUUGGUGAAAAGUUUCGAGACUCAAAAAAAGUAAAAGCAAACCAUGAAAAAAAGAGACUUCGAGACUUAUCAAAAACACUUCCGAGAUUUCGAGAUCCUGCCAAAAUUUUCCGAGACCCACGCUUUUUGAGGUACCAUUCAUCACCCCUAUAGUUGUCACUGCCAACACCACCAUCAUCAUAAGGCAUUUAUUUUAAUUACUGUGAUUCAAUCAUUAUUUUCAUCAUCAUCUUUCAUAUUUACAUGUUAUAGACAUGAGGGCAAGGCUCGCGUGGACAAUUUCAUACAAAUCACUGUAUUUUGUCCACCAGAGCUUCGAGUUGGUGCCUUUGUUUACAGGAAUGCGGGAAAGGUCUAAUAUUGAUAUCAUUUAUUAUUUACUUUUGCAAAAAGAAAAUUGUUUCUUGUGGUAGCCAAUUACAAGAUGACAAUCCUGAAUGGACAAGAUUAUAAGGCCUAUGGUCAUUUAGGUGGCCAGGCAAUAAAAAAGUGGAAUACUCUAUUUAAUAAAUCUUUAUCCUGCCCUCUUGCAGAGCUUGCCAUAGAGUAAUAAACAUUUCUUUAUGCCCUGUUUAAUGCCAAAAGGUUAAUUAGAAUUACAUGCGAUGUAACCAGAUGUGAAGAUCGAGCUAUUAAUAAUCCUCUCACACUCCCAUGCCUAAAAUUAAAAUGAAAACCUCUGGGCUAAUAUUCAAACUAAGUUACCUAAGGGGUACAUCUGAACUUCCAAAGCCAGAUGGUAUGGAAAUUAUAUUGAGUAAAAGUGUAAUUCACUGACUUUUAAGGAUAAUUUGUGCUUGAAAUCUUCUUUGUUUGCUUGCUCAGCUUUUUGGCCAUGAAAAAGUGUCUGUAUUGGAUGGAGGACUGGAAAGAUGGAUUGCUGAUGGCUACAAGACAACAAAUAUGAUGGUUAAAAAAAUGGUAAGGGUGAUCAACAGUUUUGACUAAACAUCAAGGGACAACUCUGAGUAGCUUUAAAAUCGCAUGAUCGAAGACUGAUAAUAAUUAAAUAGGCACCACACCAUUUUAAAAGUUAUUAUUUGUUCAUUUUCAGAAGGGGGAUUUUAAGGCAAAGUUGAAUCCAAAGUGGAUUGUUAAAUUUCAGGACAUGGUUGAAAAUCUCACAUCUCGGAAAGCACAAGUUUGUGAUAGCCGUGUUCCUGCUAAGUUCAAUAAAUCAUCAGAUGGUAAUGAUAUUAUUAAUAAUUAAAUAUGCAAAUAUAAUUGAUAUUUGAGUCAGUGUAGCCUAAUUUAAACAGAAUUGUUUACAGUCAAACCAGGUCAAGCGUACCCCCCAAGAAUACAUUAAUGAAUUUAUUAUUCAAAAGUUGAAUCCGUUGCUAGUUGUAGAUUUCAGAGUGAUCUCCGCAUUCUUGCAUGUGUAAUGAGCCGUGAAUUCACACGCGAGGCAGUUAUGAAAUUUCUACCAGCUCCAUUUUCCCUGAAAUUGAUAUAAAUGUCUUCUAAGAAGCUUAAUCCAUUCAAAGAUUUCCAAUCUUACCAAAUACAGAGAAGUUCUCGUAAAAUAUUCACUGCAGUAAUGCGUACGUCUUUACGGCGAAACUUAAACUGUGGUCAAUGCCCAACGACCAACGGAUUCAUUUUUCAAAUAAUCAAUUCAUUAAUAGAAUCUUGGGGGGUACGCUUGACUUGGUUUGACUGUAAUAAGUACUGUUUUUAAUUUCUGUUUCAAGUUCAUGUUAGCCUUAUUAUUUUAUUAUUCCUUUUCAACGGUUGCAUAGACUAUUAAGCAGUGCAAACUAACUGUUAAUUAUAGAUUGGAAUGUCUGAUAGAUCUUACAUCAUUAAGUGAAUAUAGUUGGAACAUUAGAAGGAAUUUAAUAAACCCAUCGUCUUAGUCUUCUUUUAUCAAGUGCAAGAUUGAAGUUGCUCUGAGUCUCUAAUCAUCAUGUAUGCUGAUUAUAUUUUCUAGAUCCAAAAAGUGGACACUAUCCUGGUGCCAUUAACAUUCCAUUUGAAAGUCUGUUCAAUCCUGAUACCAGAACUCUCAAAACUGUUGAUGAGCUCAAGAAAGGUUAUUGAAUACCUUCCAGCAAACAAUUCAUUUCAAUUCACCUCAGUACUUGCACAAUAGAAAUAUAUUUCGAAUGGGACGGGUGUGGUUGCAGCAAUCUAGCUCAUUCCAGGGUUGCUCUUUUUAGAGGGAGGGGCGAGGGUGCACUGUAGCCCAGCUGCAAACAUAAGCUUUAAAGUUGCAAUUAGUUGCUGGCUUUGCUAUUCUAAACUAGCUGACACCCAAAAUCUCUGUAUGAACCUACCCCAGUCUAACUUAAUAACAGAACCCCCUCUUGUAGACCAGAACACUCUGACUUACCAGGAAUUCAUGUGGAUCAACCAUUACCCUAAUUAUGCAGACUGCCAAACCACAAAGCUUAUCGAUUAGAGUACAAAUGAUAAAAAUGCAACAUUCAAUUCAAGAGCUAGACUAGUCUGGCUGAUUUGUUUGAUUUUUUAUGUCAAUUUGUAGAAACAUGUGGUUAACAUGUGGAAAAUUAGUGGUAUUAUGAGACCAUGCAGGCCUGUGAAGGCUUAGGAAGAUCAAAGGAGACUCUGCUUGCAGGGAAGUGAAGGCUGGGUUAGAAAAAAUAAUAAUAGAAAUAAUAGAGUUAAGCCUGAUCCUGAUUUGGCAACACUCAUAGGCAAACAUAAUAAUAUUAAUGAUUAAUUAUCUAUAGUUUACUCUGAUGCUGGAAUUGAUCUCUCAAAACCUGUGAUUGGAAUGUGCUCUGGAGGCAUGUCGUCCAGUAGCUUGGUACUUGGAGCAUAUCUCUGUGGAUGUCCUCGUGCUGCUCUUUAUCAUGUAAGACACCUGAUUUUUAGUUUUACUUCAAGGUUCACUUCAGUUUCAAUUCUCGUACAUACAGUAGAUACAGUUGACUCUUUUUCAACAGAACACUCUAAAUUACUUUAAAUAAUUGUGAACACCUCUGCAGACACUUAGUGUUUGUCCCUGCCUGCCUUUACUCCCUUGACUCUCUAUAGGACAGACAUUACUCUUAGAUAGACAUUUUGUGCCAGUCCCAAAGUUGCCCAUCAAAGAGAGAGGGGGUACUGUACAUGUACUUGUUUUAAUUAAUAUUGAGCCUCCUGAGCACUGCAACACUGAUUAUAAUGCUUGUAGAGUGGGCGGAUUUAGGGGUGGUCCAAGGAGACUUUGCCCCACUUUUUUGUGUGGAAUUUUGUGGAUGGAUUGGAACAAGUGUGAUAACCCUCCUACUGACCAAGGUCUAAAAGAAUUCUGAGAUUGAAAUGUUUAAUUAAAUUAAUUAAAUUAAAUUGUGUGGUUAAUGUAUCUCGGAAAAGCACUGGUAGACAUCACUGGCAAAGAAAUUUCAUACCAUGGUUGUGCUGCAGUAUUUUGUCCUGUAGAACUUAAAGUACAUUACAUAUUCUCUUAGAAUAAAGUUAAGAGGUGAGGUCCAGGAAUUUGAUUUCAAUUUUGAAAUCUUGCAAUCUCAAACAAUAAUAACUGCAUUUUGGUUGUGACUGCGUGGCUGUCAACAGAUUUGUUCGAUAUAAAAUAUUAUUUUCAUAAGUGCUUUCAUAUGACCUGCUGAGAAAAGAAGGAGGAAAAUUAAAUGUUUCCUUUUUUCCACUUGCAGGGGGGCUUCACCGAGUGGAAGCAAAAAGCUGAUCCAAGCCAGAUUGAAUAAUUUUUUUUUUAUCCAAGUCAUAUUGAAAGGAUAAAAGUGUUAUCAGUUACAAUAGGUAAAGGUUAAUACACUGUAACUCUAUCUUUUAGUGUUUUAGUAAAAUAUCAUAAUCCAAGACAUGUUGAAAGAAUAAAAAGAUUAUUAUAACAGGUUUAUCUUUGGUGCAAAACGGAUAUUUAGAUGUGUUAAACUCGUUCAGAUUGAAUGAAUUUGAAUAUGGUUCACCUCCAUGGCCAGCACCUUUUCGAGGACUGUGUCACGACUUGUUUAAGUACAUUAUCCAUGUCAGAUUGAAUAAUACCG